AAACUGUCUGGCUUCAAUGACUGUGGCUUUUCAGAUUCUUCCGCUGGCCAGUGUACUUGCGAUGAAAGUGAUUUCGUAGAGGACUGCGAAGAUUUCCCUCUUUCGACGUUGCCGAAAGUGUCAUUCAACGGUGCAUUACCCUACGACGUGUCUGGAUUUGACUUAUCUGCGUGGAGCGUUAAUUAUGCAAUGACCAGAAGCUUUGGGUAUGGUGGACUCGCACUAGGCCAUCAAAAUCCGAACGUUCCUUUCGAUUAUGGCGUUGGCAAGCGGAGCCCUCUCCGAAAGUUAGCAGUUCGACAUGUAUCAAAGAUUUUAUUCGACACUCGAGCUUUUCAUUCGCAACCAGUGCAUCUCAAUCUCUGGCACAAUUCCUUGCUCAGAGCAGCAAUAAAUCGAAGUGGUAAACGUGUGAAUCCGGGAGCCUAUGCCAUUCAACUUACAAACCACCCCCUCCCUACUGGAAUGGUCACGUUCAACGUGAAGCGAAUGUUCGUUUUUGUUUUUCUCAACCGGAAUGUAUGCCCUACCGAUAUCAGAGCAUAUUUCCGAACAAGAGCAUUAAACUUGUUUUGA